AUGGACUCAACCACAAACACCGACUCCCCCCUGUCCACAUCGGCCAACGUCAUCGGCAUCCUCACAUUUGUCGUCGCCAUCGCCGCCGCGGCAUACGCCCGCAUCGCCUUCCUGCGCAACAGCGCCGACGAGUACUUUCGCGUCAAAACCUCCCUAUCAUGGUACAAGACCGAAUCAACCUGGCUAGCAGACCUCCUGCGCACACUCCAGGACACGCCACAACACGACGAGAAGAAGCGGCAGCACCAAAUGUACACAUUCGUCAUGGACGACCUGCUGAAUCUGGAACAGCGCCUGCUGGAGCUCGUCACCGACAUUGAAGUAAAGUCUGCGCUGAGGGGCACUUCGGAGUGGACGCUUCUGCCAAGGGGGUGGUCGGGCGGGAAGCCUUCGGUGGCGGUAUCCUGGAUGGCGGUGCGGACAAAGGCGAUGGAGCUGGUGAGGCAGCGAGAAGCGUUGACUGCCCGAGUGCAAUUCCUCCAAAUGAGCAUGAUUUCAGCACGUAUCGAUGAUCUCGAGGGGCGACUAAGACGACACGAGAGAGAAAAGUCAAGGAGUGAAGAUGCAUGGGAGUCGUCAGAGUACGGAGAGUAA